AAGUCGUCAUGGUUGGGUUAACUUGAAGAGCAGUGAAUUGGAGAGUACCACUAAUUUUUUCAGCUCAAGUCAAGUUUGCAAAUCCUCUUGCUUAAAUGUCCUUUAAUCUACAGUUUCCUCUCAUGCCGUGUUAAAGAUUAUGCAAGAAGAAGCAGUUUUAAAAGUGCUGAGAGGACCAGCAGACACUGACGGAUAAACACUUCAGUCAAUACCAGGAGACGAUUCAACGAAGUAAUACUAUGUCUGAUGAGAAGUCGAAGUUAACUUACGUGAUAACCGGAGGAUGCGGUUUUCUCGGGCAGCACCUGUUGAGGGUUUUGCUGGAGAAGGAAGAAAAUAUCAAGGAGAUAAGGCUUUUCGAUAAAAACAUUUCCCAGAGUCUACAAAGUCACAGUACUGAGCAUGUGAAAGUGGUGGGGAUACAAGGUGAUAUAACCGAUUAUAGGAGCGUACAUCAUGCCUUUCAGGGAGCAGACCUGGUUUUCCACGCAGCUAGUUUGGUUGAUGUUUGGUAUAAGGUCCCUGAGAAUGCUAUCUAUGCUGUCAAUGUACAAGGGACAGAGAAUGUAAUAAAUGCAUGUGUGGAAAUCGGUAUUCAGUAUCUGAUCUAUACAAGCUCCAUGGAGGUGGUUGGUCCAAAUGUAAAAGGAGAUACUUUUAUCAGAGGAAAUGAGGAUACUCCAUAUAAUAUAUUCCAUGAGAUGCCCUACCCUAAGACCAAAGCUGCAGCUGAGAAAAUGGUGCUGGAAGCCAAUGGCACAAAGGUAAAGGGAGGGAACACUCUCUACACAUGCUCUCUACGGCCAACAGGUAUCUACGGGGAACAGCAUCAGCUCAUGAAGGACUUCUAUCUGAAUGGGGUUCGUACAGGUGGUUGGAUGAUCAAGGGAGUUCCACGGAACACAGAGCAUGGACGAGUCUAUGCAGGGAAUGUGGCAUGGAUGCAUUUGCUAGCAGCACGUGCUCUACAAGAACAUCCCGAUAGACUGGGUGGGGAAUUUUAUUUCUGCUAUGACGACUCACCGUAUAAGAGCUACGAUGACUUCAACAUGCAGUUCUUGUCGGCCUUCAACUUUCGCUCAUUGCGUCUUCCAGUGUGUUUGCUGUGGUUCAUAGCGUGGAUGAACGACCUGAUACGCUGGCUCCUGAAGCCGUUCUACAACUACACACCACUUCUCAAUGGAUACACACUCGCUGUGGCCCGCACAUCCUUCACUGUCAGCACAGACAAGGCGUUUCGUCACUUUCAGUACCAGCCGCUGUACAGCUGGGAGGAGUGCCUGAUCCGCACACAGAGCUGGGUCAACACCUUCCCUUUAGAAACCAGCACGAAGGACACCUAACAGCUGCUUCAGUGUCAUGAGGACACUGUUUAUAAACACAUCUGUGGCCAAAUAUGAAAAAUGGGAGGUUUUAUGACUCUGUGUCAUGACUUUUCAACUGAUGAUGAAUAUUUGAAUGCUGUAUUGCAGUAUUCAGUGUGUUUUUACAUAAGUAGACUUAAUCAUAAAAUCACAGCUGUCAUCUGUCAUAGUUGAUCUAUCUAUUACAUGAAUCAUAUUUUAAUCAUUGAUGUUAUAGUAACAGCUGUGGACAUAAUCAUUACAUUAAAUACAAGCACUUUCAUGCAAAAUGCACAAGUGAGGCUAUUUUGAUAGUAAUCUAGCGAUGCAAACCGUAUUGUUUCUCUUGAUCUAGUAGUCGAAGCACAAGUGUUUGAGCUGAAUGUACUUUAUCAGUGUUAUAUAAUCCACCACAUAUGUGUAUAUUUAUUCAUUUCAUUUUCAAAUGAUUUCACAGAAGCAUUUGAUGUUUAACUUCUUCAGACAAUUCUGUGCUGAUGAACACAUGCUUUUAAAGUAAUUAUUUGUUUGUAAGAAACAUAUUUAAUUGUUCGUAAGAAACAUAUUUUUUCUGUUAACAGAGUUCAAAAUAAAUGAAAAUACUCUAUA